AUGGGCUUCUCAAGCACUGGAACUCGAAGUUAUUGGAUGUCACAGCACGGAUAUGAAGUAGGGGCCAUUCCUGAUUCGUCUUCAUGCGAUAUAUACAUGACAGAUCGGAAUAUGGCUCAAAGUGAUUGCGAGAACGAGAUUGCGGUUAUGGCGCGGAUCUUUAAUGGAGAGGAGUCGUAUGCACUCACCGAAAUCCGUAGCAAAAGCCUUGGGGUCCGUACCAUGCACACGCAUGGCAUGAUCAUUGGGCUGGACGUAGUCGAUAGAAGUCUCCUCCUGACCCCUGCUCCUUUCGCUUCCCGUCUGCACGUCGUGGUCAUCUUCAGCAAGACCCUGUCUGCACAGUUCGUUGGCAUCAUGAUCCUCGACGGAAUCAUGAUCUCUGGAAAGCGUACUCCUGCGCAGAGGCAGACUAAGAACCCAAGUGAUGGUGAACGUAGGAGGACUGAAGGAUGGGUGAAACGGUUGCUGUGGGGGUCGCACAAGGAGGAGACGGGAGGCGGAUUUAUGUGA